CACAUUUAUAAUUCAGAUCCAAAUCUACAAAUAAAACAAUAAAAAGAAAUUUCACACUUCAACCAAAUUGAAACGACAUCCUAAAAUGCUGCGUUUAGCGUUUUCCCUUUAUCUGAUCUUCACUCUAGCUCUUCUUCUUAACCUCGCUCACUCCAAAACUCUCAAGCGUGACGUGAAAGCUUUAAAUGAAAUCAAGGCUUCUCUCGGUUGGCGAGUGGUUUACUCUUGGGUCGGCGAUGAUCCUUGCGGUGACGGUGACCUUCCGCCUUGGUCUGGUGUCACGUGCUCCACUCAGGGUGACUACAGAGUCGUCACCGAACUGCAAGUAUAUGCUGUGUCCAUCGUAGGACUGUUCCCUACAGCUGUCACUAAUCUACUGGAUCUUACUAGACUGGAUCUUCAUAAUAACAAGUUGACUGGGCCAAUUCCUCCACAAAUCGGACGGCUUAAACGUCUUAAAAUACUUAAUUUGAGAUGGAAUAAGUUUCAAGAUGUCAUUCCUUCUGAAAUCGGUGAAUUGAAGGGUUUAACUCAUCUAUACUUGAGUUUCAAUAAUUUCAAGGGGGAAAUUCCCAAGGAGCUUGCUAAUCUUCCAGAGCUUCGCUAUCUAUAUUUACACGAAAAUCGUCUUAGCGGGCGAAUUCCACCAGAAUUGGGCACUUUACAGAAUCUUCGACACUUGGAUGUUGGUAACAAUCAUUUGGUGGGUACUAUUAGGGAACUAAUUCGCAUUGAGGGCAGCUUUCCAGCUCUUCGCAACCUUUAUUUAAAUAAUAAUUAUCUCACUGGAGGAAUUCCAGCACAACUUGCUAACUUGACCAAAUUGGAAAUCUUGUACCUGUCAUACAACAAAAUGUCUGGAACUAUACCAUCUGAACUUGCUCAUAUCCCUAGAUUGACUUACUUGUACUUAGAUCACAACCAGUUUUCAGGGAGAAUCCCCAUUGCCUUCUAUAAACACCGGUUUUUAAAAGAAAUGUAUAUUGAACGGAACUCAUUCAGGCCUGGGGUAAACCCGAUAGGUUUCCAUAAAGUCCUCGAGGUUUCUGACUCGGACUUUCUAGUUUAGUCAAGACAUCACUCUAUAUUUCAUUAUUUAUUGUGAAAUCCCAUAAGAUGAUACAUUUGGUUAUUUGAACUAGAACAUUUUGAUGUUUGUCCAUCUUCGAUCAACUUGUAAAUAGCUUUACUGUAAUAUUUCUAGAAAUUGAAGAUUAGUACUCUGUAAACCAAC